AUGGCACGAUGCCGCGGAGGUGGCUCCCAGAACCUCAGACCGAUACGUAAAAGAAAAAAAGCCUCUGAUCGGAAGCAAGCAGCGUACAAGCGAGCCGUAGCCAUCCUGGGGGAGGAGCGAGUUCAGCAGAUCCGUCGGGAUUGGGACUCAUGGGACACAAGCUAUGGCGGAAAAGAGUGGCAGCAGUCGGAAGGUGUCGUGCUUCAGCUUCUACAAUUAGGACUCUCGGAA